GCUGCCCGACCAGCGAAUAAGCGCCGCCGACGCCAGAAAAACGCAUUCCAGAUGCAGAUGGCGUCAUGUCAGACCCUGCUAAAUUGACUGCUAGCUCAUCUGUUCCUGCCAUCGCCCUCGGCGACUUGUUACCACCGAGAUGGUGAGGUAGAGAUGUUACGCUUUGGGAUCGCGGGCCAUCAGGACCGAAUACCCUGAGCUUAUGGUCUGCUUCCUACCAUGUAUUUUCUCUUAUCAUACCUCGGAACUUGAGCAGAGAAGUCUUUUGAAGAAGCAGCACUGGUAGGCCACCACCGCCCCUCGCAGCCAACGACUCCACACUUCGCCUGUCGCAACCCCACCCAUACUGAAGCCUGCAUUUAUCGCCGCCCGCAAGCCCGUCUGAGGCAGUCGCAAACAUGGCUACAACCCCUGUUGAGCUUUCAACCACAAGCAACACCUUUCCGACGCGACAAAAACCCAUCCCAUACACCAUCACCAACGGCCGGCGCACCCCACUAUCCUCCAUCCUCCCGCCCCUCGUCUUUGGCACCGCGACCUUCAACCACCAAUACAAUGACGACCCAUUCGCGCUCGACACGACUGGCCUAGUGACAUCAGCACUGACACACGGUAUCCGCGCCUUCGAUACUUCACCCUACUAUGGCCCUUCAGAGCAGCUGCUUGGCAGUGCUCUCUCCACACCAUUUGUACGGGAAACGUUCCCGCGCAACUCGUACAUGAUCCUGACCAAGGUCGGACGGAUAGCAAGCGAGGAAUUCGACUACAGCAAAGAGUGGGUGCGGCAGAGUGUCGAGAGCAGCCUACAGCGACUACAAACCGAGUACCUGGAUUUGGUGUACUGCCACGAUGUCGAGUUUGUGAGCCCAGCAGAGGUGCUCGAGGCAGUCAAGGAGCUGCGGCGCAUUAGAGACGAAGAGGGCACAAUUCGCUAUAUUGGCAUCUCAGGAUACCCCAUCGAUGUCCUGGGCGACAUGGCUGAACUCAUUCUCCGCGAAACUGGCGAGCCUCUUGACGCAGUCCAAUCCUACGCCAACUUCACACUGCAGAACCAAACCCUCGCCAGUCCACGGGGAAUCCAGCGCCUCCGCGAAGCUGGCGUCGACGUGGUCCCGAACGCGUCGAUUCUAGGCAUGGGCUUAUUGCGCCGAGAAGGUGUCCCCGUCGGCGCGCUGGGCGAUUUCCACCCCGCGCACUCGACGCUCCGCGAAGCAGUCCGCAACGCAAGCAACUUCUGCGACACGUACGGGGAACGCAUCGAAGUCAUUGCCAUCCGCUUCGCGCUCGAGACAUGGAUUUCGGCUGGUUCGAUAUGCGGGUCCAAAGGCGAUCCUGCGUCGGGUGUAGCCUGGAAACACGAGUCCAACGACGACGUAGGCGGUGCAAAGCUUGGUGUCAGCGUCAUCGGCGUGAGUCGCGCUUCGGAGCUGGAAAAAACGAUGCUUGUGUGGCGCAGUAUCCUCGACGGGCUGGAGGGCGGCAAGGAGACGGCGGUGCAGGCUGGACGGUGGUACCGCGCGUGGGAGUGGUCGAGGAACCGCAGGAAGGCGGUGCAGAUCCUUGCCGAGGGUGUGCAGGAGGUGCUGGGCGAAGGAUUUGGGUACGCAUGGUCGAGCCCGGAUCCUGGUUAUGUCAACAAGCGGAAGAAGGAUGCCAAGGUGGUUCAGAAUCAGAAGAGCGAGGCGCCAUGGUUGACGCCAGCGGCGAGUCCGCAAUGUAUACCCGUGGAGGAUUUGGGAGAAGUUAGGGAGGAGAAAAAUCUGCCACUUCGGUGAGCGUUAUGAAGGCAUUCAAAGUACAUAGGGACGACGUUACGUGUAUAGUUAUGACGAUGGAAUGGAAUCUGGGUGGAUGUCUCAUAUAUUUUGUUAGCUAGCAUAGACCAUAGACCUGGUAUGAACAUUGCCUUUACAUCA